AUGAUAAGUAAGUAUUGUUAUGAAGCUUUAGACAAAUGCCUCAGAGACAUCUUAAGGUGCUCAGAUUCGUAUAAUGCUCAUUUGCCAUUUGGAGGUAAAGUUGUUGUUCUCGGAGGAGAUUUUAGACAAAUUUUACCUGUGAUUUCCAGAGGAUCAAGGCAAGAUAUAAUUCAGUCUUAUAUUAAUUCUUCAUAUUUGUGGCAUAACUGUAAGGUUUUGAAGCUUACAAAAAACAUGAGAUUGUCACUAGGUGAAAACAACAACAUACAAGAACUCAGAAAUUUUGCAGAAUGGCUACUCAAAAUUAGUGAUGGUUUGACUGGUGAUACAACAGAUGGUGAAUCGAUCAUUCAUAUACCAUCUGACAUUUUGAUUAAGAACUCUGAGACAGCUUUGGAUGACCUCAUUGAUUUCGUGUAUCCAAAUAUGUUAUUCAAUUUAUCCGUUGAAAAUUAUUUCAAGGAUAGAGCAAUUCUUGCACCAACUUUGGAUUGUGUCACUGAUGUCAACAACAAGAUGACUGCAGGGUUACCUGGACAAGAAAGAGUCUACUUAAGUUCAGACUCUGUAUGUGCUGAAGAGAGAAAUAUGGAAUUUGAGUUAGAUGCUUUCUCGCCGGAGAUUCUAAAUGGAAUAAAUUGUUCAAGUCUACCACCACACAAGUUGGUUCUGAAGGUUGGCGCUGCUGUUAUGUUGCUGCGGAAUAUAGACCAAACUAAUGGUUUGUGCAAUGGAACGAGGAUGCAAGUUAGAAGAAUGGAAAAUUUAUGUGAUAGAAUGCAAAACUUUAAUUGGUAA